AUGAAACCACCGAAACUUCCCGGAACUGAAAAGUUUAAAUUUUCGGACAAAAAAUUUGAAGAAUUAUGUAAAAACUCUUCAAACACUAUCAAUACGACUAAUAAUAAUAAUAAUAAUAAUAAUAGUUUCACAACUAUAACAAAGUCAUCAAACUUUAUACGAGGAGUUUCGUCUCGAAAUACUUGUCCAGCAAAUUGUUUGACAAACUAUACAAAUGGACAGUCGUCACCAUUUGUCAGAUAUGAGUCAAUACGGAAACCCAUAUUACCGAUCACCAGUCGUAUGUCGUCAACAGUGCUAAAACUAUCACAUUUGCCAAUCAAUUCAAUGGAUAUGAGAUGUACCAACACUUUUGAUUUAAAUAAAAAUUUUGGUAAACUUUCCAUAACUUGUGAUUCAAGACUGUCGAAGACCAACACUGGAAGUCGUAUGUCUUUGAUUAGUACAUUCAGUAUGAGCUCUGAGUCGUCCUCAUCAUCAACAGCUCGACUAUCUCGACGACAAGAUUGUCCAACUAAUCCAUUAAAAUGGACUAAAUAUAAUCAUCGAUUGUCCACAUCAUCUGAGUCUUCGUGUGGAACUAACUAUUCGUGUGAUAGUUCAGACUAA